AUUGGAGGGAAAAUUAAUUGUCGUUUUGUUGUGGGUGUUUUGAAUUUGCUGUAAUGUGGUCUGCGAACGAUUAUGGUACCCUUGGAGGUACUAGUGACUCAGGGGGUGGAUAUAUGACAUCAGCAUCAUCGAAUUCAAGUCAGAAGGUCUUCGAUUUUUAUUGCAUAACUUCUUACGUUUUCUAGAAAGAUAGCAAUCAAGGUAAUAUUAUCCCUUGUACAUGCGCAGAAAUCAUGGCUGCAAGUCAAGAUGGCGAUAAAUGUACUUCUCCUUGUGGGAUAGAGCUUAGCCAGGUGUCAGUAGUAGGUAUAAUCCGAUCAGUAAAUGAGUCAAGUACACGAGUGGAGUAUGAGAUAGAUGACUACACUGGCCCUUACUUGGCAGUCAAACUGUUCAUGGAAGACCAGGACAAUACACCAGCAGUUGUACAAUUUCUUCCACUGAGGGAAUUAUCUUAUGUGCGAGUUCAUGGUCAUGUGAGAAGCGUAAAUGGAAUAAAAAACAUUCUUGCCUUUCGAGUGAUAUUAUUGUCUGAUAUGAAUGAACUUACUGUUCAUAUUAUGGAGGUGAUUUACACACGAAUGUUGUACAUUAAAAUGAAAUACGAUGAAGAUAAUGAAACAAACAAUACUAUAUUCAGUGAAGAUGGAGCACAUAACACUACUGGUGCUAUCAGUAACGGUCUUACCGUCCUACAAAAUCAGAUACUGGCGAUAGUAAGGACAUUUGUUGGUGAACGUGGAAUUCCUGUCUCACAGUUAAUCAAGAAAUUGCAUGGAAUCCCUGAACGACAAAUUAGAAGAGAUUUGGAUUUUCUGACUACGGAAGGUCAUGUGUAUUCAACUGUAGAUGAUAAUCAUUUUCGAGCUACUGAGGCAUGAAAAUGAGUGAAAUUUUUCGAAGAGCAUUUCGCCUAUUUUUUGGACUACUAUAUUGCAUUUAGUGUACAAAGUAAUUAAAUAUAUGUUUUGAUCUCGAAGAGUUUUUUCAUAUUGACGAUAAGAAGGAGGAAAAGUUUUCGUGAAAAAAUGAUUAUAUCUUGGAUCUUAAUUUAAAUCUCGAUAAUUAUAUCCUAUAGCUCUUACAGAAAAUUUGUGGCUUAGAUUAAAAGUGGAAAUUAGUGUUUUCUGAACUUUC